AUGUUCGAAAAGGCGAAAUGGCCGUUCUUGCAACCCCAAUUCAAUGAUCUUCGCAGCAAUCUCCGAGAUGCAAAAGGCAAUCUAGUUCUUAUGAUAGCUGUGGCUACCUUUGCCCUUGCGCAGAGGGACGGUCGUCAGCGACCGAUCCACGAAACAGAGACACUGGAACUUGGGUCCACUAUUGUGCAGCUGGAACAAGCGCUUAGGAGUAAACCACAUGAACUGAUUGUAGAUAAAGUCUCUGAGCAGCCUCCAGACAUGACUAUUUCGUCUGGUGACAAUCUGCUGGCAUCUCAGAGUACGAUUCUGACGGUAGCGUCCUCGCCCAGCUCACAACAGAACGCCGACCCAGCCUUGGUUUCCAGCAUCAGAAAACGUAGAGUCUCUUCAAUCAGUAACGGUAUUGUUCUAGCGCGUCUGCAUUUGAAACUUCCUGAUAACACGCAAUCGCAAGAGCAAGGAAUCCUUGAUAGAUCGAGCCCAGCUGCCGAAGUAGAGGCAAAUAUCCUGCCCAAGUCAUCCCCAGAGGCGAGAUCUAUCAAAUUUCCUAGAUUAAAUUUGCCCCAUGACCAGCAUCCUUCCGAACGGCCUUUUCUUCAGAAGUCUAUAGCUUCAACGACAGUUUCCAGGUCAGAUGGAACCACCUAA